ACACAGUCUAUUGGAUAUUUGUAGUCAUGGGUGUCUGAUGUCACUAAAAAGCGCCGAGCAUUCUAAACUUUUAAAGUCAUAACAAAAGUGAAUGAAAAGGUGAUUUAAAAAAAAUGUAUUGACAAACUUGUGAAAAGAUGGAUGACAUAAACCUGCAGUACAGAUUUCUGAAUUGGCGUCGACGCCGGAUCAGAGAUAUCGGUGAGGUGCGAGCCGUGCGCGUUCAGGAGCGCUACAAGAGGAUGUUGAAGGAUGGAGACAUACUCAGUUACCAGGGGAACUCGGAUGAGGUUGGUUGUUACGUGGCUCCCUAUCCUUUUUCAAAGGGAAAUUGCUACUUUGAGGUAACUAUAUUGGACACAGGGGUGAGAGGAACCAUAGCUGUGGGCCUGGUGCCCCAGGGUUACAAGCUAGAUCACCAGCCAGGCUGGCUGCCCCACUCCAUUGCCUACCAUGCAGACGACGGCAAACUGUACAAUGGCAACCCAGUAGGCCAGCAGUUUGGACCUAAAUGUAACCGUGGUGACAGAAUUGGCUGUGGAAUCUACCUGGAGCCAUCUGAAGCUGGGUUGACAACGGUCUUCUUUACCAAAAAUGGCAAAGAGGUGGGUUCGGCGGUGGUGCCAGUGUCUGCUGAGGGUCUGUUCCCCUCGGUAGGGAUGCACUCCCUGGGGGAGGAGGUGAAGGUGGACCUGCAGGCGGAGUGGGCGAUGCCGGAGGAUGACAGUCGGAUGAUGGUGGACGGCCAGGAGGACGAGUGGGGACGUCUGUAUGACGUCAGGGUGAGCAACACGCUCCUGGAGUACGUGGGGAAGGGGCGGAGCAUCGCCGACGUGGGUCUGGCCCAGGCCCGCCGGCCCCUCACCACACGCUGCCACUACUUUGAGGUGGAGAUCAUCGACGCCGGAGAGAAGUGCUACAUCGCCCUGGGACUGGCCCGGAGGGACUACCCUAAGAACAGACACCCAGGAUGGAGUCGUGGCUCAGUGGCCUACCAUGCAGAUGAUGGACAGAUAUUCCAUGGCAGUGGGGCUGGGGAUGCCUUCGGCCCUCGCUGUGUAGAGGGUGACGUCAUGGGCUGUGGAAUCAUGUUCCCGCGAGACUACAUCCUGGAUGACGAGGAUGACAUUGAGGAGGACCUGGACCCGCUGGAGGGGGCAGAGAAGGGAGGCUUCCAGAAUGUUCUGUACCAAAACGGCGGGGAGGAGGAGGAGGAGGAGGAGGAGGAGGGAGACGAGAUGGAGCGGGGGAACGGGAGCAGGAAGGUUGUGGCGUUCUUCACCCGGAACGGGAAGCUGAUGGGCCGAAGGCAGGUGGCCGUCCCUCCCGGGGGCUUGUACCCCACCAUCGGGAUGCUGAGCAGCGGGGAGAAGGUCAAAGUGGACCUGCACCCCCUCAGUGGAUGACCCAACCCCUCCUGCUGGACCCCAGCCUGGCCAUGGCCUGGCCUGGCCCGGGGGCCGCAGACCCCCGGGCCUUCCCACUCUGGGCAGGGACCAACCAGCCAGGACCUCUGGCACUGUGGCGACAGCCGUACACAGCAAGAAGAAUUAUGGAGCUGGAGUAGCUUAUGGAUUUGGAUAAAUCCGUGCAAUUUGUUGUUUUAUAAUUUCUCACCAAACCCCUUUUUCACCUCGCCUGUAAAGCAAACAGAUGUGGGCUUCUAAAACAGUGAGCCCUUAAAUUCCUCUCAUGAGGUCUGGCACACUCAGUUUAUUUCAUUUGUCACAACCCCAAGCAUAGCAGAGCCCAGCCAGCACCAGAGAGGGGGAGAGCGAGAGGAAGAGGGGGAGAGAGGGAGAGAGAGGGAGAGGGAGGGAGAGGGAGGGAGAGAGAGGGAGAGAGAGGGAGAGAGAGAGAUCCUGCAGUUCCUGCUGUUGGCUUCUCUCUUCCUGUCCUUCUCUCCCACUCGCCCUCCUGUGUGUGUGUGUGUGUGUGUGUGUGUGUGUGUGUGUGAUUGAGAAGGGAGACACUGCCCUCCUGUGUGUGUGUGUGUGUGUGUGUGUGUGUGUGUGUGUGUGUGUGUGUGUGUGUGUGUGUGUGUGUGAUUGAGAAGGGAGACACUGCCCUCCUGUGUGUGUGUGUGUGUGUGUGUGUGUGUGUGUGUGUGUGUGUGUGUGUGUGUGUGUGUGUGUGUGUGUGUGUGUGUGUGUGUGUGUGUGAUUGAGAAGGGAGACACUGCCCUCCUGUGAGAACUCAGGGGACUUUUGGUAACUGAUAAUAAUACAUUUAGAACUGUACAAAUCCAUAUCAUAUUCAGUUCCCACUGGACAUGCAUUACCAACCUGAAGGACAUACAUUACCAAUCAUGUAUAUCCUUCCAAAUGCUAGUUGUGUUUUCUUAGGGUUCUGCGUAUAUGGAUUGACUGUAUCAACAGGGAGAUAUGAAGCGCUGGCUGUGUUUGGGGAAAAUCUGGGGCAUUUUU